AAAAAUUUUAACAAAAGUCGGAUAUAAGUUAGGGUUUAAGUAUCCCUUGGGUGGGAAUAAGUCUUUUGGCCUUUUAUAAAUACAUUUUUUGACCCUCGCCUUCGAUCAAACCCUCUCCCUUCUGCAGUCCUCGGAAAUCUCCGCUGUAGCAAAGAUGCAGGCCAGCGAUAGGUUUAACAUAAACUCCCAGCUUGAGCAUCUACAGGCUAAAUACGUUGGCACGGGCCACGCUGACUUGAAUAGAUUUGAAUGGGCGGUGAAUAUUCAGCGUGAUAGCUAUGCGUCUUAUGUUGGGCACUACCCCAUUUUGGCUUACUUUGCCAUUGCCGAGAAUGAAUCCAUCGGAAGAGAACGCUACAACUUUAUGCAGAAAAUGCUCUUGCCUUGUGGUCUGCCCCCUGAAAGAGAAGAUGAUUGAAGCACGCAUCUGAGAAGGAUUUCUGUUGGUUUAUUAUGUAUGUCCCGGUUGUAAUUUUUCAUAAUGUACGUUUGGAUUGGUGUGACAAUGAAGAACACAAGUCAGUGAAUUAAAUGCUGUGUCUUAGAAUUGUAUUUUACGUCCUGGAUUUAAUGUUUACUUGAGCUUGAGUAUGGUGACUAUGGUACAUGUAGUACUGUUCUUUGUCUCUGUGUAGUUUCUUUGAUGUGAAUACUCUGUUAACAAAAUAAAAUACAGCACAUUUUCAUUUUGUUUCA